AUGCAGGGACUGCUGACCUUCAGGGAUGUGGCCGUUGAAUUCUCUCAGGAGGAGUGGGGAUGCCUGAACCACAGUCAGUGGGAACUCUACAGAGAUGUGAUGUUAGAGACCUAUGGACACCUCGUCUUCUUGGGUCUUGUUGUGUCAAAGCCAGACCUGGUCAUCUUCUUGGAACAAAAGAGGGAGCUAUGGGAUGUGAAGAGAAAGGAGACAGUAGCCUCAUACCCAGGAGAAAAACAUUACACACAAAGAAAAUGUGGGAUGGCCUUUCCCCAAGACUCACCUCUUACUGAACAUCAUCGAAUCCAUACUGGAGAGAAACCUUACCAAUGUACGGAAUGUGACAAGGCCUUUAUUCGCCAGUCAGACCUUAAGAAACUUCACAGAAUCCACACUGGAGAGAAGCCUUACCAAUGUAAAGAAUGUGGCAAGACCUUUAUUCAGCAGUCAGGACUUAACAAACAUCACAGAAUCCAUACUGGAGAGAAGCCUUACCAAUGCAAAGAAUGUGGCAAGGCCUUUACUCAGCAGUCAGACCUUAACAAACAUCACAGAAUCCAUACUGGAGAGAAGCCUUACCAAUGCAAAGAAUGUGGCAAAUCCUUUCCUCGCCACACAAACCUCAUCCAACAUCUCCGAAUCCAUACUGGAGAGAAGCCUUACCAAUGCAAAGAAUGUGGCAAAUCCUUUACUCACAACACAAGCCUUAUCCACCAUCUCCGAAUCCAUACUGGAGAGAAACCUUACCAAUGUAAAGAAUGUGGCAAGGCAUUUACUCAGCAGUCAGACCUUAACAAACAUCACAGAAUCCAUACUGGAGAGAAGCCUUACCAAUGCAAAGAAUGUCGGCGGGGUUUCAAUCAGUCAUCAAGACUACAUAUCAAUAGGACAAUCCAUGCCGGACAGAAAGGUUACAUUUGUAAGGAGGGUGACAAAGUCUUCAACAGGCACUCAGCACUAAUUCAACAUCAGCGAGUGCACACUGGAGAGAAACCUUACGAAGGUGAAGAAGAUGGAAAAACCUUUAAUGAUGCCUCAUCAGUAAAUAUACAUAGACUGAUUCGUACAGGAGAGAAACCUUACACACAUAAAAAAUGUGAGAUGGCCUUUCCCCAACACUCACCUCUUAUCGAAUAUCACCGAACCCAUACUGGUGAGAAACCUUACCAAUGUACAGAAUGUGGCAAGGCCUUUACCUACCAUUCAGGCCUUAACAGACAUCACCGAAUCCAUAGUGGAGAGAAACCUUACCCAUGCAAAGAAUGUGGCAAGUCCUUUACUCACCCCACAAGCCUUAUCCAACAUCUCCGAAUCCAUACUGGUGAGAAACCUUACCAAUGUAAAGAAUGUGGCAGGGCCUUUACUCACCAGUCAGUCCUCAACAGACAUCACCGAAUCCAUACUGGAGAGAAGCCUUACCAAUGCAAAGAAUGUGGCAAGGCCUUUACUUACCAGUCACACCUUAACAGACAUCACCCAAUCCAUACUGGAGAGAAGCCUUACCAAUGCAAAGAAUGUGGCAAGUCCUAUACUCAGCAGUCAGACCUCAACAAACAUCACAGAAUCCAUACUGGAGAGAAGCCUUACCAAUGUAAAGAAUGUGGCAAAUCCUUUAUUUGCCAUGGAAGGCUUAUCCAACAUCUCCCAAUCCAUACUGGAAAGAAACCUUACCAAUGCAAAGAAUGUGGCAAAUCCUUUUCUCACCAAUCAACCCUUAUCCAACAUCUCCGAAUCCAUACUGGAGAGAAACCUUACCAAUGUAAAGAAUGUGGCAAGGCCUUCACUCAACAGUCAGCCCUUACCAUACAUCUCCGACUCCAUACUGGAGAGAAGCCUUACCAAUGUAAAGAAUGUGGCAAAUCCUUCACUCACCGCUCAAGCCUUACCAAUCAUCACCAAAUCCAUACUGGAGAGAAACCCUACGAAUGUAACAAAUGUGGCAAGACGUAUACCAAGCACGCACACUUUAUUGGACAUAAAAAAAUCCAUUCUAUUGAGAAACGUUAGCAAUGUGAGUAACAUGCCAAGGCCUUUAUCCAACACUCACCUUAUUCAACAUCACAGAAUUCAUACUAGAUCAAAACUCUACAAAUGUUAGAAUAUGGCUAGAUCUUUAAGUGACCUUUACACUUUACUGGACGUCACAGAAUUCAUACUAGAUGAAAACCUUCCCAAUGUAACACAUGCGGUAAAGUCUUUAAUCACUUUUCAGCCUUACUCAGUAUCACAGAAUUCAUCCUGGAGCAACUCUUCCAAAUUUGAAGAAUGUGAGAAAGGUUUUCUGGACUGUUCACCCCUUGCUUCACGUUGGAAACUUGAUCCUGGAGAAUAACCACUGAAUACGACAGCAUGUGGCAAGACUUCUAAGAACUGCUACACCCUGACUCCUCAUCAGAGAAGGAAUACUAGGGAAGAUGUUGCAAAUAUACAGAAUUUGGAGAGCAUGUUAAUUAGAGCUGAAGCUUCAUUCUACACCACAGAAUUCAUUCUGGAGAAAAAACGUAAAAUGUAAAGAAUGUAGUUAAAUCUGUAUGACUGCUCAACCCUACUCAGGAUCGCAGACUUUCUCCUGAGGAGAAACAUUACAAAGUAAAGAAUGUGUCCCACCGUUAGCUGGAACUCACAACUUGCUCAAUUCCAUAGCUAUCUUAGAGCAUAGAAAGAGAGAAAGAGAAGAGAGAAUUGCAGUGCUUACAAGUGGAGUUUGAUCCUUCAUCAAUACUUGAAGAAACACAUGAGAUUUAAAUCCUACAUCAUGACAUCAUGAAUGAGACAUGGCUUUCAUAUCCAAUGUACUCCAGACUUUGCAUGAAAGAAGGUAACUUUGAAGACAUAUUUAAAAAAAUAUAAUUGCACAUCAAAUUUCAAUAAAUGUCACCGAAUUCACAUUGGGAAGUAGUA